GUUAUUGUGUGGGGGCCCCGUCAGUCCGGUGAGUCGAGCGUAGAGAGCAUAGGGCCUAGGUCAGAAUCGAACCGCCGUUGGGUUGGCUCCUCGGUACGGUGGUGGCUCUGUGCGACUGGUGACCGACCGUGGUCCGUCCGUCAUAUUCCCGGUUUGAAAGCAAGGUUGCGACUAGUUGUUGCGACGCAGGAAGGUGCAGUGAUCUGUGUACGGAGUUGGAAACGGGUCUGCCGGCCAUGGAGAAGCGGAUAUAUCUCGAGAAACGGGGAAGAAUCCCCGGCGAAAUUAAAGAACUUGUCCUUGACAAUUGUCGAAGCACGUAUAUCAUAGGUCUGACAGACGAAUUUGCUGCUUUAGAAACAUUAAGUCUUAUUAACGUGGGACUUACCAGUCUAAAAGGCUUUCCAAAAUUGCCAAGUCUCAAAAAGUUGGAACUGAGCGACAACAGAAUUUCUGGCGGUUUAAAUCUUCUCCAUACAAGUCCCAAGUUAAUUAAUCUUAAUCUUAGUGGCAAUAAGAUCAAAGAUUUCGAAACGCUUCAACCUUUAAAAGAGUUUAAGAACUUGAAGAAUCUUGAUUUCUUCAACAAUGAGGUUACAAACUUGGAUAGUUAUAGAGAGAAAGUGUUUAGUCUUAUUCCCAGUCUUCGAUAUCUCGAUGGAUUCGACAUGGAGGAUCGCGAAGCAGAGGAUACAGAAGGAGAAGACGAUGAAGUAAAUGGAAAUGAAGAUGCAGAUGGAGAUGCUAACGAAGAGGAUAGCGAAGAAGUUUCAGACGAGGAGGACGAUGAGGAUUUUGACGAAGGUGGUGUAGGAUUAGAAGCUGUCUACAAGGGUGACUUAGAGGAUGAUAGCGACGAAGAUGAUUUCUUAUGCGAAGAAGAGGAAGAGGAAGAUGACGAUGAUGGCGAGGAUGAUGAGCAAGACGAGGAAGAAGAAUCGUCUCCAGCUCGAGGCAAAAAGAGAAAACAUGAAGACGGAGAGUCAGGGAACUAGAACCAUUGAGAACAGGUUUCUGAUACUGUUGAAUGAGUGUAAAAUUCAUAUAAAUAAUAACAAUAAUUGAGACGCCGAGUGAACACCUGGGAAUCAAACUAAUUGACCGACCAAUGACAGACUACAGUUAAUUGUGUGAAUUUAUCAGUAAAUCAUUGACUGACAAAUUGUCUGUGGAACAACAAACGAUUUACCAUUACGGAGAAGAGGAAUAUGAAUGAAUACGAAAAAUGGAUAAUGAUGGCAUGAAAUAGGGCUGCAUUCCAGCUGGGCACAGCACGUUUUAGUUAUACUAACGAUAUUUUAUAUAGAGUAUAUAGUUAGAAUAUUAGUGGUGUUGCAUAGUGGGCGAAAGAUCAGAUUUUGAAGGACUCGAGGAAGGCGGCGGUGGAGUUUUACACUUGAAAGGAGCAUAUUUGUCUGUUAGCUCCAGUCGGCCAAAGGCUGGUCACGCUGGAAUGCAGCCAUCGUUAAUCAGUACUAAGGUUACAUAAGUUACAUUUUAAAUACAUUAUUAUUGUACUAUGAAUAAGUCUAGAGUACACGAGGAACAACUUUUGUACAGGUUUACACCAUACAUUGGGGUGCAUCACGCCUCUGUGAUUUUUGGGACAGAAAAUAAAGAGAUAAAUGUAUGUUUGCUCGUACAUUGAGCUUAUAUCUGUGAACGUCGUAUUGAGAUAUAAAUUACAUCAUAAGAACGAAGAAAUAAUAAAGAAAAAAAAAAUCAAGUAUGUAUAUUUCGUUUCUUAGAAUAAUAGUUAUCGAAAUGUAUCGUUGAUAUCGAUUAAAAACAAAUCUGUCAAAGCUCGUGAAAAGGUAUCGUAAUAUUUUCAGUUAUAUUGUUUCGAUAUAAGUUAAAUACUUUCGGUCUUUUAAGAAAUAACAAAUCUUGGAAGAAACUGUAAAAUAAUAUAAGAACACACAAUUUCCAUUGUGGUAUCCUAACUCGUAAUGUCUAGUAAAUUUUAAGUUCCGGAUGUCCUGUGUACAUUGGCAAUAAGCUGUACGGUACAUGGCUGUUAAGAUUAUUGUUAUUUACUUUCGGGCAUUCCAUGUGCUAACAUGUUAUGCUCCGCUAUAACAAAUUCAUCAUAUUAUUAAUAUUAUUGUAAUAUCUUCCCGUUUCAAAUUACAGACAUUUAGCUAUAAUAAUUAAAUGUUUUUAUAUCACUAAAUCAUACAGUUUUUUACAAUAACAAUAGAAUUACUUAUUGGGUAGUUUUGUUCAUACACUACAAGACUAGGUGUUUGUAACAUAAUAUUAAAACAAAAUCAAAAUUUCAAAUUGCUUGUAAAUCCAUGAUUACCUUUAAUUUCUGUCUCUGAAGUUACCAUAGCGCUGACACAUCUCGUGAUAAAUUAAAGUGCGAAGUUAAUUGGUAAUUGAUCAUUAAUAUUAUUAAUAUUAAAUUACUAUUAUGAUU